UCAUAAUCUCAGGAACCCCUGUGAACAGAACCUCUCCCUCCACAUCCAACACCAUGACCAGCUCCUGCUGCUCCCCUUGCUGCCAGCCUACCUGCUGCAGGACCACCUGCUGCAGGACCACCUGCUGGAGACCAAGCUGUGUGAGCAGCUGCUGCCAGCCCUGCUGCCAGCCCAGCUGCUGUGGCUCCAGCUGCUGCCAGCCCAGCUGCCAAACCACCUGCUGUAGGACCUGCUUCCAGCCAAGCUGUGUGAGCAGCUGCUGCCGCACACCCUGCUGCCAGCCCUGCUGCUGUGUGUCCAGCUGCUGCCAGCCCUGCUGCCAGCCCAGCUGCUGCCAGCCCAGCUGCUGCCAACCCAGCUGCUGCCAGCCCAGCUGCUGUCAGCCCAGCUGCUGUCAGCCCAGCUGCUGCCAGCCCAGGUGCUGUAUCUCUAGCUGCUGCCAGCCCUGCUGCCAACCCAGCUGCAAGCCCUGUUGCAAGCCCUGCUGUGAGCCCUUCUGCCUCAACCUGUGCUGCCAGCCAGCUUGCUCUGGACCUGUGACCUGCACCAGAACUUGCUACCAGCCCACAUGUGUCUGUGUGCCUGGCUGCCUGUCCCAAGGCUGUGGGUCCAGCUGCUGUGAGCCCUGCAGUUGUUGAUCAACUUACCACAGACCCACUAACAACAGACCUUCAGGAUAACCAAUUUACUACCAUUCUCUGCUAAUAAUAUGCACUUAAAAGUAAUAUGCAUCCCACAAAACUCCCAGUCAUUUUCUUAUUAACAGACUGUGACUUGAUCACUGCUUACCAUCAAAUCCACUCUGAAAUCCUUUUUAAUUCCUCUGCUUCUAAACAUCAACUGAUCUAGACCUGGGUUUGUGAUCUCAGCCUUGACAAAGAGAUAAUUAAUUGCCUUUUUAGCUUAAGAAAUUAAAAACAAUAAAAGCCA